AUGCGUACCUCACGUUCCUCUCGUCAUAGUGAAAAUACAUCACGUUCAACCCGUGGCAGAGGCAGUGGCAGUAGCCGCACUCGUCGCCAUAAUCCGCGUCCCUCCGCCCUCGCCCCAGUUCCCGAUAUCGCACCCCGAAAAUAUCGGACAUGGGAUAUAGAAAUUCAAGACGUAGCGGUCUUCUUUGCAUUUGGCUUGCGCCGCCAGGAUGUCUUGAAUCCUGAUAGAGAUUAUGGCCGAAUGGCAACCGGCGGAUGGGAGGCUUUAACAGAUUUGAUGAAUGAGCUGAUCGCGAUGGAUAAUUACCAGUGUAAACCACUAAAUACUGAGUUGUUGCGUUUCAGGAUCCGGACAUCAUUUGGACAAAGAGCACUUAAUCAGCUUAAAAGGACUUCAGACUUGCCAACAACACCAUCUCGAAAGUGGGUUCGCAAAGAAUUCUUGGACAUCGUUUUAAGCUACCCAACACAAGUUCCAAAAUCCCUAGUCCUAGGAGCGUGCACGUCGGCUUCAACGACGCCUGAUAGGUGCUGGAUGUGGGGAGGCUUGGAAGUCCAAGGUAUAAAGAAAGCAACACUAGCGAUCAAACAGCACAACGAUUAUAAUAAUGGUAUUACGUCUAGCCCACCGCUCCCAUCAGAGGAGUUCCUGAAAGGGCCAAAUUUUGUUCCAGCAAACCAAAGUGCUUCGUCCUUGGAGAUUUAUAAUGCCUUUCGAGCACAAGAGCCAGAUCAUCGCCCGGCAACUCAACAACAGGUUGGUCAAUCUCAAGCGUCUGCUGUUCAACCAUACGGUACUCAACAGGCUGGUGGUUUUACGAGUGGCUAUUCACAUGGUCAUGCAAUUUAUCCUGAUUAUUGUACUCAGUGUAAAGAAAAUCUGAUAGCUAUUUAUAUGAUUAUACAAGUAAACAGUAAUCAGUUUAUCCUACAGUUCAUUCUGGUUAUUGUACUCAGUGUGAAGAAAAUCUGGGCAGUUCUUCAAUUAGUUAAGUAUCGGCUCUUCAACCAUACGGUACUCAACAGGCUGGUGGUUUCACAAGUGGCUAUUCACAUGGUCAUGCAAGUGAACAGCAACCAGUUUAUCCUGCAGUUUAUCCUGGUUAUCGUACUCAGUAUCAAGAAAAUCAGGGUCGUUGUUCAGGUACCUAGUCAAUCGUGGGCUAUGCAACCUUCUACAGGUCAAACAUCGGCUCCUCGAUCAUAUGUAGGUCAGCCAUCUGGUGGGUAUGCGGCUGUUCAUUCGCGUGGUUUUCAAAGUGGGCAACGUGGUCAAGGUGGACAAGAUGAUCAGUAUUAUCAUGACCAAGGAAGUGAUCGUUAG